AUGGGUAUUCCAAAAUUCUUUAGAUUUGUCUCGGAGAGAUGGCCCUUGAUUUCUCAACUUAUUGAGGCGCCACAGAUCCCUGAGUUUGAUAAUUUAUAUCUUGAUAUGAACUCAAUUUUACAUACGUGUACUCAUUCAAACGAUGGAACGAUUACUAGAUUGUCUGAUGAUCAAAUGUAUGCUGCUAUUUUCAAUUAUAUUGAUCAUUUGUUUCAAAUUAUUAAGCCCCAAAAAACAUUCUACAUGGCAAUUGAUGGGGUUGCACCUAGAGCAAAAAUGAAUCAACAGCGUGCAAGAAGAUUUAGAACUGCCUACGAAGCAGAGGAAAAUUUGAAAAAAGCUAUUGAAAAUGGGGAAGAUAUUCCUAAAGAAGACCCAUUUGACUCCAACUCAAUCACCCCUGGAACGGAAUUUAUGGCUAAGUUAACCAAUAAUUUAAAAUAUUUCAUUCACAAAAAAAUAACUGAAGAUUCAAGGUGGGCCAAUAUUGAAAUCAUUUUAAGUGGACAUGAAGUUCCUGGUGAAGGGGAACAUAAAAUUAUGGAGUUUAUUAGAUCAACUAGAUCACAAGAUGAUUACGACCCAAAUACUAGACAUUGUAUUUAUGGUUUAGAUGCAGAUUUAAUUAUGUUAGGUUUGGUAACUCAUGACUCUCAUGUUGCCCUUUUAAGAGAAGAAGUUCUGUUUGGACGUCAAAGAGCAAGUGCCAAAGAAUUGCAUGAGCAAACUUUCUAUUUGUUGCAUUUAUCGUUAUUGAGAGAAUACCUUGCAUUAGAAUUUCAAGAAUUAGAAGGAGAAUUGACAUUUGAAUUAGACUUUGAAAAGAUAUUGGAUGAUUUUAUUUUAAUUAUGUAUGUUAUUGGUAAUGAUUUCUUACCAAAUUUACCAGAUUUAUUUAUUAAUAAGGGUGCUUUCCCAUUAUUGAUUGCUACCUUCAAGCAAGCAUUGAAAAAUUCUGAUGGUUAUAUUAAUGAAAAAGGUAAAAUUAAUUUAAAAAGAUUGAGUAUCUGGAUACAUUAUUUGGCCGAAUUUGAAUUGGAGAACUUUGAGAAACAAGAAGUUGACGUUGAAUGGUUCAACAAAAGACUUGAAGAUAUUUCCAUAAGUGGUGAAAAGAAGAGAAAAAGAACCGGGAAAUUAUUAAUCUUAAAGGACCAAAAGAAACUAGUUGGUUUCAUCAAACCUUGGUUGAUGGAGAUUUCCGCAAGACCCGUCUCAGAAAUUGUUCAGUUGGAAAAUGAAGGCAAAUUACCUUCUUUAAAAUUAAAUAACGAAGACGUUGAAAGGAAUUUGGAUUUUAUAAGAGAGUUUGCAUUAGAAGCUGGUAUCUUGCUUAUUCAUUCUAAAUCGGAAAAUACUUACGUUGCAAAGUUAGAUGUAGAUGGACUUAUUCCAUCUGAGAGUGAUGAUGAGUAUGAAGAGCGUGUGGCUGAAUUGAGAAAGACUAUCAAACAUUAUCAAUCAGCAAAUUUGAUUGAAACUGAAGAUCUCUUGCAAGAAUCUAAGGACAUUUACAAUGAGAAAUUUUUGUCUUGGAAGAGUGAAUAUUAUGAAGACAAGUUGGGUUUCCCAAUUACUGAGCGUGAAAAAUUAGUCGAACUCACCCUGCAUUAUAUUGAGGGUUUGCAAUGGGUUUUGUAUUAUUAUUACCAAGGUGUACCAUCAUGGAAUUGGUAUUAUAGAUACCACUACGCACCAAGAAUUUCUGAUAUCAUAGUUGGUCUAGAUGAAAUGAUCCAAAAUAAGAAAGAAAUAACUUUUGAAAAAUCACGUCCAUUCAAGCCGUUUGAACAAUUGAUGGCCGUUUUGCCUGCUAGAUCGAAAAAAUUAAUGCCUCCUGUUUAUAGAACAUUAAUGACGGAUGAAAAAUCUCCUAUCAUUAGUUUUUAUCCUCAUGAAGUGGAUAUUGAUAUGAACGGUAAAACUGCUACAUGGGAAGCAGUCGUCUUAUUAGAUUUUGUUGAUGAAAAUAAAUUAGUUGAAACAUUGACUCCUAUUGAAGAGAAGUUAACUCCUGAAGAGAAAAGUAGAAAUUCCUUUGGAUAUAACAUUAAAUUUAUCCGCAACCCUCAGAUUGAUAGAGUGUUCCCAUCCCCAUUACCUGGAUUCUUCCAUGAUAUUGAACAUGACAGUUGUUAUGAAGAAGAGUAUAAAUUACGUGAAGUAGCUGAAUACAAGUAUGGUCUUAUCGAAGGUGCCAAGACUGGUACUGAAUUAUUAGCAGGUUUCCCAACUUUAAACAGUAUUCCUUUCCAAGCAGAAUUGCUUGCUAAUGAAUGUAAAGUCUUUAAUUUCCCUUCGAGAUCCGAAUCUAUGGUUCUUACUCUUGGUAAUGUAUGGGAAGAUUUGUCAGUUCAUCAAUUUGCAGAAAGCUUCCUCGGCAAGAUUGUCUAUACCAGAUGGCCAUUCUUAAGAGAAUCAAGAGUGGUGAAAGUUGAGGAUGGUGAAAAUAAAUACGAAUUAGUCAAGACAGCCCACGGAAGAAAGCUUAUUACUGCCGAAUUAGAUAAUGAAGAAAAGAGGAGUUAUAAAUCAGAUUUAUCAUACCAGAGGAUUCAAUGGGAUAAAACCAGAGGUGUCAAGUUUGGUGAAAUUGAUGGAUUAGUACAUGUUCAGCCAGUUUCUGGGUUGAUCAGAAAUCCAAAGGGUGCAUAUGUUAAGACUUAUUCGAAAGACAUUCAAGUGUAUCCUUUACAAUUGGUUGUCAAAGAAGUUGCCAAUAAGGACGAGAGAUAUGCUACUAGACCACCAUUACCUAUUGAAGAAGAAUUUCCAUUGAAUUCCCAAGUUGUCUUUUUGGGUGAUAUGGCCUAUGGUUGUCCAGCGACUGUUGUUGGCUAUAAUGAUAAUAAGUUGAGUAUCAAGAUCUUUAAAAUUCAAUCAACUGCUGAACCAAAUAUUGGUAAAAAGAGAGUAAAUAUGGAAAAUAGGGAAAUUAGAUAUGCUCCUUCCUUUGAAGUUAGCAAAUUGGUUAGAAUUAGUCCAUUAUUAUUGUCAAGGAUCACAAGUCAAUUCAUGAUUCAAGAAGAAAAGUCUAAGACCAAUAUUGGGUUAGAGUUGAAAUUUGAAAUGAAGAAACAAAAAGCGUUAGGAUAUACUAGAAAACUGGCCAAUGGUAGAUUCUGGGAAUUCUCCCCAUUAGCGAUCAACAUGAUCAAUACAUACAAGACCAAGUUUCCUGAAUUGUUCAGAAAGUUGGAAGGAUAUGCCAAGUCAAACGCCAUGCCUAAGGUUUCGGAUAUUCUGACCCCAGAAGAAAUCAAAGAAGUUAGAAAAUGGUUAAAGGAAGCCAAAGAAGACUUGAUUCUCGUAUCUUUGGAAAGUGAGUCAUUAACCAAGUUUAGUUUCCAAGCAAUUGAACAAGACAUGGAAAAUUACAUUUUAAAUCAAAUUCCAACUAUCAAUAAAGACAUUAAAGGUGUUCCUCGUGAAGCUAUCUUAAAUGCGAGCGAAUCCUAUCAAUUAUUAAGUGCACAAAGGUUCGAUUUAGGUGACCGUGUUGUUUACGUUCAAGAUUUUGGUAAAGUCCCAAUUUUAUCUAAAGGGACCGUUGCUUCUAUUAUUACUCAUGGCUCAAAGAUUUCUUUAGGUAUUAUUUUUGAUCAACCAUUAUUAUCAGGUGGUACCAUGAAUGGUAAAUUAAAAACCAAUCGUGGUUUAACUAUUGAUUCUUCAUUAGUUUUGAACUUGACAAACCGUCAAUUUGUUUUUCAUUCCCAAGCUUCUAGAAGUAGAAAGCAUAUUUCUCAUGAGGAAAAGAUUCAAAGAAUCAAAGCAGCUGAAGCCAGAAAACAGCAACAAUCAGUCCAGAAGAAGCAAGAGGUUGAACAAAAGACCAAUGAAGUUCUUCAAAAGAAUUCUCAUGAAUUGUUAUCUUUAUUAAAAGUCAAGAAGAAAGGGGAAGAUUUGAAAGCAAAUGAAGAUAAUAAAGAAGAAGGUGAUACACCAGGUGUUAGUAACCCACAAGCAGCCAAGCAGAUCUAUGGUCAAAUUUAUUCCGAAGUAAUGAAUGAAGGGCAACAGCAACAGCCACUGCAAAUUCCUGCUGUAGUACCUGUCCCAGUUCCAGUCGGUGCUGGUUCAGGUGCAGCUUAUGGGGUUCCAUUCCCACCUCCGCCGGUCCCAUAUGGCUAUAUUCCUGUUGUUCCUGGUAUUCCAUUACCACCACAGUUUUUACAGCAACAACCGCAGCAACAACCAUAUCCUUUCUAUGGUGAGCAACAGGGACAAGAAUCGAGACCAGAAAAUGCUGAAGCAAGUGAGAAGCAUGAUGAAUCGAACAACCGUGGUCCAAGAAGAGGUGGAAAUAGGGGUCAAGCAAGAGGCGGGUCUCAGAGAGGUCAUGGAAGAGGUAGAGGCGGACACAGAGGUGAUCACAGAGGUGGCCACAGAGGAGGCGAGCACAGAGGUGCUCAGAGAGGUGGCCAUAGAGGUUCGACCAGAGGUGAUAAGCCUAAAUCGGAAGAGAGGCCAGCAAACUCAGCUUCUACUGAAUCUCAUGAAUAG